GACGGCGUCCAAGUGGAACCAGCUUAAAUUAAGUUCCAAUGUGCCAGCCCCCGAUUCGCUUAUUCCUGGCAUGUUUUGUGUCCAUCAAAUUAUGUAUAUGCUCCAAUAUGUUCUCGCAUAGGUUCAGCACCCAUUCCACGAUUGUUUUGCCUUUUUUUUUGGUUUGCCGCUGCGUCCGAUGCCUCUCGUCUCGUAAGCACCGUUCCAGCGUGACAGGACAGAAAUCCGUUGCAGGUUCGAACGCUGCUCAACAACCUUUUUCCUUUUACCACGCUUUGAACAUUCAUUCAUGAUGGAUCCUCCAAGGAGGAAUGGCACUAGAACAGAUACAAACCUGCUCUGUUGGGUAGUGCGGAUUUGAAACUUGCCGAC